AUGGCUUCAUCUUCUGGAGUCGGGUCGUAUUCGAACCCUUUGAAAAAGUUCAAAUUAGUAUUCCUGGGCGAACAAAGCGUUGGAAAAACAUCGCUGAUUACUCGAUUCAUGUACGACUCAUUCGACAACACAUAUCAGGCCACUAUUGGUAUCGACUUUUUGUCCAAGACCAUGUACCUUGAAGAUCGCACCGUUCGUCUUCAACUUUGGGACACCGCCGGCCAAGAACGAUUCCGCUCCCUGAUUCCUUCCUACAUCCGAGACUCGAGUGUCGCCGUUGUCGUCUAUGAUAUCUCGAAUGCUAAGUCUUUCCAGAACACUCGCAAAUGGAUCGAUGACGUCCGCGGAGAACGUGGAAAUGAUGUGAUCAUUGUGCUGGUCGGCAACAAGACCGAUUUGAACGAUAAGCGUGAAGUCACCACCGCACAAGGAGAGGAUGAAGCCAAAAAGAAUGGCCUGAUGUUCAUUGAGACCAGUGCCAAAGUCGGCCAUAAUGUGAAGCAGCUCUUCCGGAGAAUUGCACAAGCACUACCGGGCAUGGAGGGCGAGGCCAAGCAGGGCGAGAGCACAAUGAUUGAUGUGAAUAUCCACCCGAAGGAGACUACCACCAACGACGGCUGCGCUUGCUAA